GUUAAUCAGUGGCUCCCUCGUAAUUUUAAGGAUCAUUCAUGGCCAAUUGCACUACUUCCUUAUAUUUAGCUCACACCCUUCCCCGAGCAUCUUGCAUUUAACAACACUUCGUCACUUUCCUCUCCAAAAAAAAGAAAAAAACACAGAGGAAUUUAUAUAUAUAUAAAAAAAGCCAAAUCCUUUCUUUCUUUUUCUUUUUUCCUCACUCUGUUUGUUUCUUGAGAAAAUAAUACUCCCGACUUCCAUUAACUAAAUAAGUUGAUGACGUCGCUAUUUUACAGAAGGCAUUGAAGCAUGACGUCAGGGACGAGAAUGCCUACGUGGAAGGAGAGGGAGAACAACAAGAGGAGAGAAAGGAGGAGGCGAGCGAUCGCGGCUAAGAUCUUCGCGGGGCUACGGAUGUACGGAAACUACAAGCUUCCGAAGCACUGCGACAACAACGAGGUCUUGAAAGCUCUGUGCAACGAAGCUGGUUGGACCGUCGAAGAAGACGGUACCACUUACAGAAAGGGAUGCAAACCAGUGGACCGCAUGGACAUAGUGGGAGGUUCUGCAUCAGCUAGUCCAUGCUCAUCAUACCACCCAAGUCCGUGUGCAUCUUACAAUCCAAGUCCUGGUUCUUCUUCCUUCCCAAGUCCGGCCUCAUCCCAUUACACAGCCAAUUUCAAUGGCAAUUCUGAUGCCAAUUCCCUAAUCCCCUGGCUCAAAAACCUUUCCUCUGGCUCAUCUUCAGCUUCAUCCAAGCUUGCUCACCAUCUCUACAUUGCUGGGGGGUCCAUAAGUGCUCCUGUCACCCCACCGUUGAGUUCUCCAACUUCCCGAACUCCUCGAACAAGAAAUGACUGGGACGAAACGACUGCUGGCUCAGCAUGGGCUGGGAAGCACUAUUCUUACCUGCCUUCAUCAACUCCACCAAGUCCCAACCGUCAGGUUUUUCCUGAUUCAGGAUGGCUUUCUAGACUUGAAAUUCCCCAAAGUGGGCCAACAUCCCCUACGUUUAGCCUUAUCUCACGAAACCCGUUUGGAUUUAAAGAUGAGACUUUAUCAGGUGGAGGAUCACGAAUUUGGACUCCCGGGCAAAGUGGCACAUGCUCCCCAGCAUUUCCUGCGGGUGUUGAUCAAACAUCGGAUGUUCCAAUGUCUGAUGUGAUUGCUGUUGAGUUUGCUUUUGGCAGCAACGUAACAGGGUUAGUGAAGCCUUGGGAAGGAGAAAAGAUCCAUGAGGAAUGUGUAGCCGAUGAUCUUGAACUUACACUGGGAAAUUCAAAAACCAGAUAGAGCUUCAUGGAAAAGAAAUGUUAAUCAAGAAGCACUUGCGGAAGAGGACGAGAAUAUUCACCAUGGGACUUCAUUUUGGCUUCGCGCAUAUUUACACAAGGAGUUAAAUUUCAUGUCAAAAUCUAAGUUUCUGUGUUCCGGUUGGCAUCAUUAUUUAGUACAGUGACUAGAAGCAUCUGUUCCAACCCCAUCCCCCACCCCAUCUCCUUCAAACAAAGCAGGAACAAAAGAAUAGCUCAUAGCUGUGACUUUGCCCCUCAAGUGCACUUUAUUCAUCCAUUUCAUAUUUUUCCUUCAAAACAGGAAUUUUAGUAACGCCAUUGACAACGGCACUGGCUGUUUGGUGUGAUUGUGGUUUUGUGAAUGGAAGUGAAUUUAAACGUCUGAGAUUUCUCAUUGCUUCUGAAAUUCAGAUUGACCCAUCUCUAUUUAGUGUUUAUAUGUACUUGUGACGAGUUUCUUCCAACUCCAUCUUGAUUCAAU